AUGCAGUCCUCUGUGCUUCUGGUUGCCCUCCUCUGCGUUGGUGCUGCUCUGGCUAGCCCGAUCAACUCGUAUGAUGACAUUCCCGAUCAGUACAAGGAAUUGCUUCCCGAGGAGGUUGCGAAGAUCCUAAAAGAUUUGACGGACGCCGACCGUCAAGCCCUCAAGGCCAUUGCCGUUCGCCACGGUGAAUUCAAGAAUGAGGAUGAGGCUCUGGCCGCCCUGAAGAACGAAAGCCCGGCCACUUGGGAGAAGGUGCACAAGCUUCACGAGAUGGUCAAGGAGAAGGUCAACUCGCUCAACGAAGAGGCCAAGGGUUUCGCCAAGGAGGUGAUCGCUGAGACCCGCAAGAUUCACAACGCUUACCUUUCCGGAAACAAGCCCAGCAUCGAGGAGCUAAAGGGCAAGGCCAAGGAUUUCAUCACCAAGUUCAAGGCCCUCUCCGACGAUGCCAAGAAGGACUUCGAGGACAAAUUCCCCAUCCUUACCAGCGUCGUCAAGAACGAGAAGAUCCAGGCCAUCGCCAAGCAGUUCAUCGGCACCACCAAC